AAAAAAAUGAACACAGUAUUAAAACAAAAAUAACUAAUCUGAAAGCUUAGACGUGAUUAAUGGCUUCUUGCAUUUUAACACUGAGAUCUUCUCCUUCUUCUUCCUCUUCUUCACAUUCAUUUUCCCGCGUAAAACCGUUACUUCCGAAACCUAAAUUCAAUUCCCGUUCAUCAUCUUCUUCAACAUUAACCAAAUUCAAGAGCCAUAAUCUCGGAAUUAAACGUAAUUUGGUUUCUACAGAAGCGAUCGGUGGGAAGUUGAACUUGAAUUUCCCUCUGAUUUCUCCCAACGACGAAUGGGGAAACUGGACGGCUUUAUUCGCAGCUGCGGCUUUCGGAAUCUGGUCGGAGAAGACGGAGAUUGGGAAAACAGUGAGUGGAGCUAUUGUGAGUAUUUUGGUGUGUCUUGCUGCUAGUAAUUUGGGGAUUCUUUCUGUUAAUGCUCCUGCUUAUGACUUGGUUCUGAAGUUUCUUCUUCCUCUCGCCAUUCCCUUGCUUCUCUUUAGGGCUGAUCUUCGACGAGUUAUAAGUUCCACUGGCACACUUCUCUUGCCUUUCUUGCUUGGUUCUGUUGCAACUACAGUCGGGACAGUAGUAGCAUAUCUACUUGUUCCAAUGCGAUCACUUGGUCAGGAUAGUUGGAAGAUAGCAGCUGCUCUCAUGGGUAGACAUAUUGGUGGAGCUGUCAAUUAUGUUGCCAUAUCUGAUGCUCUUGGUGUUCCCCCCUCAAUUUUAGCUGCUGGCUUAGCUGCGGAUAAUGUUAUUUGUGCAGUGUAUUUUUCAACAUUGUUUCUAUUGGCCUCUAAAGUACCUCCGGAGUCCUCAGCUUCAGUAAAUGAUGAUACAAUGACUACCAUGUCUGGGUCUGGUGAUAAACUUCCAGUGCUACAAAUGGCUACUUCACUUGCUGUGUCCUUUGCCAUGUGCAAGGUUGCCAAUAUUCUUACAGGGCAUUUUGGAAUCCAAGGGGGUAAUCUGCCAUUGGUAACAGCAAUUGCUGUAAUAUUUGCAACUGUAUUUCCCAAACCAUUUGCUUCUCUUGCACCCUCUGGUGAAGCUAUGGCCGUGAUUCUCAUACAGGUAUUCUUUGGGGUGAUAGGUGCAAGUGGGAGCAUAAGGAGUGUGAUGGACACAGCACCAAGUAUUUUUCUAUUUUCUUUUGUUCAGAUAACAAUUCAUCUUGCUUUGAUACUUGGACUGGGAAGACUUGUUCGCUUUGACUUGAAGUUGUUACUCAUAGCAUCAAAUGCUAAUGUUGGAGGCCCAACAACAGCAUGUGGAAUGGCAACAGCAAAAGGGUGGAAAUCCCUCAUUUUGCCUGGUAUUCUUGCUGGUAUAUUUGGAAUUGCCAUUGCUACUUUUCUUGGAAUCGGAUUUGGUGUAAAAGUCUUGAAAUACAUGUAAAUAUCCCCAUGUUCUUUAUAUCCUAACAAUCUAUGUACUAUUGAUUCCAUUUCUAGUUUCGGACAAAGGUUUUGAAUGCCAAACUGAUUUUUUUAUCUGCUAUAAAGAUUGAUUCACAGAUUAAU